AUGUCGACUGUGUACAGUGCGGCACUGAAGCGCGAGGGCGCGGGUAAGAAGCGUGCUGCAGAUGAGGAGGAGGCCAAGGUGCGGCGCAACAAGCAGCGUGUCUUGAUCCUGCCUUCUCGUGGUGUGACUACGCGCAUGCGUCACCUUGUGAACGACAUUGAAGCGCUGCUGCCUCACUCGAAGAAAGACUCGAAGCUAGACUCCAAGUCGGACCUGUCCGUCUUGAAUGAGCUGGCUGAGCUGAAUAACUGCAACAACUGUAUGUACUUUGAAGCACGACGCCACGAGGAUUUGUACUUGUGGCUCUCUAAGACGCCCAAUGGCCCGUCCGCCAAGCUACAGGUGCAAAAUAUUCAUACGAUGGAUGAGCUGAAGAUGACGGGCAACUGCCUCAAGGGCUCGCGCCACAUUCUCAGCUUUGACAAGGGCUUUGAUGCUGAGCCACACUGGCGCUUGAUGCGCGAGUUGCUCACGCAGAUUUUUGCUGUGCCACGCACGGCACGCCGUGCCAAACCGUUCAUUGAUCAUGUGCUGUCGUUUAGUAUUUUGGAUGGAAAGAUUUGGUUCCGUAACUACCAGAUUAUUGAAAAGGACCCAGGCGCUAUGGCGGCGGCCGAGGCGCGUGGCGACGACCCUAAGAAGAUCAAUAAUGAGCCGACGUUGGUCGAGAUUGGCCCUCGCAUGGUCAUGACACCGAUCCGUAUUUUCGAGGGCAGUUUCGGUGGGCCCACGCUGUUCGACAACCCUGAAUAUAUCUCUCCGACGGCGUUGCGACAUGCGAUGCGUCGCGGUAAGGGCGAAGAGUACAAGAAGAAGGUGCUCCAGACCGAGUCGCUGCGUGCCAAGCGCGAGAAGUACAAGGGCGAAGAAAGCGAAUUAAGUCGUGCCAAGGUAUUUUCAUAA